AUGAUCAUCAUAAAACUCAGAUCUGCGGUCAAGAAUGUUAAUAUCUUGGAUAAUUCAUCGACUUUUCAAUUAUCUGGUCAUCCUACCUUAAUUAAUAAGGAUGUGAUUUCUUCGAUUGUCAAGAGGGUUAUGUGGUAUCCUGUGGUGCCAUUAGUAGCUCAUUUUUUUGGCUCUUUCGUUAAAACGUACGCUUAUAUUAAUCAUGUAACCCCUUUUCCUCUAUAUUUUUGCUUCAUUGGCAUGUCAACUCAAGGAUUCCUGAAUGCAUUGGUAUUUUCUCAAGAUAUUGCUGUUACUCGUGCGUUCCAAGCUGUUAAACUACGAUGGUGGAUCACCAAUGUUAACUUUUAUGAGUCUCAUUAUCCUCAUCGAUCUCACAACAAAUCCAUUACAGAUAAGUUCGGCACGCAUGGAAAAUCCAAUGAUUUUGUUGAAUUGCAAACUCUAAAUCGCAAUGAUGUAAUCGAUGACGAUAUUAUUAACAACGAUAAUUCAUCUCGAUUAAUUUCACCUAAACGUUUAUCUUAUGUUGCUGAUAAGCCUAAUGCCUCUCCUUUGAUUGGAAAGGAUGAUUCCAAGAAUGAUAUAACUCUUAACAAUCAAAAUAAUGAUCUAGACAUUCAUUUAGAUCUUCCUGAACCAGUUCAUUUAAAUAGUCCUUCUCAACAUUCCUCAUUAUGUUCUAGAAAUAAUCAAAUUAUUAAUCUAACUAAUAUAAACAAUAUAAAUAAUACAAAUGUAAUAGAUAUACCAAAUUGUGCGGUUGGUAAUGAUGAAGGACAGAUUGAUGUCAUACUUGUUAAUUAUUAA